AUGACUCAGUUUGAGACAUUGUUGAAUCGGGCUACAGAGCCAACGCUCGACCAGAAUGUGGUUGAGGAAAAGUGCCAAGAUUUAUUGACCAGAGACAGUUUCCAAACAGAGUUUGAUACAUUGGCUUACUUGAAGGUAGGUUACCUUAAUUCUAGUCACAUUUUUCAUGAAAAGUAAACUUAUGCACACAUUACUUGGACUUUCAAAGACGUGUAUGUUUUAUAAUAGAUAUUCUGUAGGCUUUUAAUACUAUAUUUGUUUAAUUGUGCACCUAAAACUUAAUUUUCUAGGACUUUUACACAAAUGUAGAUGACCCAGCUAUGCAAAUGGUGCUGACUUUCUUACCUGGAAUGGUCGCUAGACUACCUCAACUUAACUCAGUUCUUGAUUUUGGUGCUGGACCAACAAUUCACGUCGCUGCGUGCUUCAGAAACCGAGCCGAGAACAUUUAUCUUGCUGAUUAUCUGGUACAGAAUCGAGAGGAAUUGGAGAGAUGGUUGGCUCACCGGUCGAGCUUUGACUGGGCUAAAACGCUAAAGAUGAUCGCUACACAAGAAGGCAUUCCAUGGAGCAAAAUUGGCGAAAUGGAGAAUGAUACACGGCAGAAGGUAAGGCUAACUUUGUUAGAUAUUAUAGUUACCUUUUGAGUGGAAAUGACGUAUUUUACAAAAUUGUCAUUUUUUUGAUUUUAAAAUCAGUUGAAGAUCUGGUUUUAGGACUAGAUUUAUCGUUUUGGUGUAAAACUUUUGUUUUUGUUUUCUGACGUAAAUAAUGUUGUUUAUGUCAUAUAAACAAGUAAUCUUAAACUGAAACUGAACAAAGGUAAAAGACAAUUAAAGUUUCGUUUUUCUAAUGAUUUUAUGACAUUUUAUGUUAUAAGAUACUUAUUUUCAAAUAAAUCAUAACUUUUCAAUCUUAUUUACAGGUCAAAGGUGUCUUCCCAUGCAAUUGUUUGGACGACAAAGUCCUAGAAGCACCAAAAGAAUUUCUGGGAUGUUUUGGUAUGGUGACAACCAUCUUCACGUUGGAAUAUUGUUGUAACACUCAAGACGAGUACAAGAAUGCGAUCAUGCGGGUAGCCGGACUUGUAAAGCCGGGCGGCUACUUCUUUAUGGGAGGGAUUCUGGAGGAGAAAUGGUGCUCGUUUGGAGGACGUCGUUUCACUUGUUUGUAUAUAACCAGAGACUUCAUGAUGUCAUGUUUGGAGGCAGCCGGCUUGGAGGUUGAUGUAGAUGACAGGACCAAAACACUGUACUACGAGAUCAACGGAAUGUUUCUGAUUCAGUGUCACAAGCCGGAAGCGUGA